GGGAAAGUUAGACUUGUGAAAAAACCGCGCCGUGGGUACAGCAAAACUACUACUACUAGGAUAGCAUACAAACCAAUCACCUAAAACACGCCGCGCCCAAGGGCCGGCGGAUUUGGUAGUGAUGCCAGACCAGCUAAGGCAAGAGCGACAAAAACAUACUAAAAAAGGAUCGCCGGUGCUACUGCGUAGGGAGGUGGCUACUUACAUUCUGCAAGAGAAGCUCCAGCCACCAGCUGACUAGUUUGCUUGGUCUCCGUCACUAGCCUUUUGUGACAUAAAAGAGUGCAUCUAUGACAAUCAAAGGCAUGAUGCCUGAACUGGGACCUGAGCAAGGCCAAGCCGGCAGCUGAUUGUGGUGUCAGGCGAACUCAGGCAAGAACAACGCUACUUUUGUUUUUGUCUGAUACAGUCCCUCAUAGAAUAUGCAUGAGGAGUCCCAGAUUGUGGGUCUACCGACCAAUCUAUUCGGCUUCUACUAGCUUGUAGUGAGAAUCUGCAGGGGUACCUUCAGAGGUGGCAAAAAUGCAGAACUUUGCCAAAGCAGACUUUCGAUCAAUGGGUGUUCUAUCGUCAAGUCUAACAUGCCUGUGUCAGAAAGACUCGAGCAGGAUGAUGUUCACAUUCUCUACCCAACCUAAUACCUUGGACUGCAAUGUACUACAAGAUCAAAAAUUGUCAUCGAUCUUUGUGGUUUUACACAGACGUGUUUCGCCCAAUUUGCGGUUUUGCAAUCUUUGCUUGCUUGAGAGUGCAGGAAAAGGAAUCGUUUCGUGAUGCAACAAGUUGUCAAGCCGAGCAGAUGAAGGUCAUUCGUUGAUUCAGGCCUGCACUUUUGGCGUGCCUGUGUGCAAGGCAUGUUGCUGAAAGCAGACAAUAAGCAGACUUGCGCUGCUGAUUUCUUUGUACUGUGUGCACCUGCUGCUAGCUGUUCCGGCAGCACCUCAUUCACCUUUGCGAUGAAAGAUGUGAGGAACACAUCUCUACAUGUGCAAUUGCGAGUAUGCAAGCAUAUUUCCCUGCCUGUCGAAUCUCCAAAAUUAUCUCGAAAAGACUUUCUUCAGAUACCGUUGCCCAGAAGUCACAUUUUGCUGGAACUCAUUUUCAGAGCAAUGCGCUUGUUGCCGAGUUAUCUUGUACAAAGGAUUGUGGCCUGGAGACAUGACUCAUCUCGGGUGGUUGGAAGCCAGUUGACAUUCACAGUCCGAUGCAGAAAUGGAGGAGGCCAACCCACGUGGCAACCAUGGGUACAUCUUGACGCCGAUGCCUCCUUAGUACCAUCCGGCCGUGAUGGCUGCGUGCACAGCCUGCGGAGGUGCAAACCAUGCAAUCACUUUGCAAAUUGCGGUACUUCCUUGCUGUAGCUCAAGGCUUUUCCGAUACGGAUUGAAUAGGAUGCGGCAGCCGUUUGGAGUUUUGAUGUGCCAUUCUUGCUGGGACCCAGAGAUACCGUGUUUGGUCAAGUUUCGAGACUUUGGCAAGGAAAACGCUAGACCACCACACUGGAUCUCUAGGCACGGAGAAAGACCAGAUUCUACCAGCGAGUGGAAUAUCUACUCAUGGCUUAAGAGCCGACUUAGACUUGAAGGC